AUGUCCGCACCCUCACCAUUCACUGUAGCGCAUCGGCGCUAUGUGCAGUCGCUUUACCGGAGAUACUUAAACAAUGAGCUGAACUGGGUUGCCAGGCGGGACAUCUGGAGGGGCAGGGCCAUUGCUAUACGGGCUGAGUUCGAGAGGAACCGGAAUGUGCACGAUCCAAGAGAACUUGCCAUUAUCCUCGAGAAGGCGGAGGCUGAUCUUGCGGAGAGGCAGCACCCAGACCCUUACCGGCGUGAGUAUUUGUUCGGGCGUGCCCAAACGAAAUUGACGUAUGAUGGCUUCUCCAGCUGCCGAGGCCCAGUCAGCGCAAUCAGUGCCCCAUAUCAGUACUACAAGGACCUGAACCCAUCUACUCUAACAGGCGCUAUAGACGUCAUUGUAGUCAAUCGGCCCAAGCAGCAGGACUCAAACUCAGAUACCACAAGCGAUGUACAGCAAGACGGCGAGACGGAGCUUGUAUGCUCGCCAUUUCACGUUAGGUUUGGUAAAUGGCAAGUGCUCAGGCCGGGGGAUAAGAAGGUCAAUGUCUUCGUCAACGGAAUCCCCGUCCCAUUCCCCAUGAAGAUAGGAGAGGCGGGCGAAGCCUUCUUCGUCUUUGAGACGGACGACGACAUCCCCGACGACCUUGUUACUAGCCCACUUCUUGCUGCAACGCAGCCCGGACAGAGCAAUGCCGAUAUGCAGCGUGCGGGCAGGUUUGGGGCAAAGGAGGAUUCAGCAGACAGGCAGGAAGGUGAGGGCGAAACAGCCACGUCUCAAGAACCGGAGUUCCUCGACCUGAAUGCGUCUGCCUCGCCCGGACCUGAGCAGCCCAGCCUUAAGCCACCGCAGGAGCGCUUCUUGAGGGAUAAGGCCGUAUCUGCGCGCAACGCCGCACAGCAAUCGGGCCUGCGGUCGUCUGAGAAAGGCGACGAGGUGUUGCCGGAGACGGGAGACGUGCAAGGGCCGGAAGUUGUCUACAGCGAUGACAUGGUAUUUGACAUGGAAGGAUACCACUCGCAUCGACGCAGCCGCUCAGGUGAAACAAUCACUCACAAAGACCCAGGGCUCUCUUCGAGCUCCCAAUUUCCUAGCCCACCCAGCACGCCCGGCCCAUCUCGUGAGUCUCUCGAACCAGGAAGCCCUUCACCAUCGAUAUCUUCGUCCCCCGUUCCCUUCCCUACCAUGCGCGCGACCUCCGAGCCUCCACCCGAGUGGACGACAGGCAUGACACCAACAUUGCCCACCUAUACACCACCAACGACGCCGCCUUCGCGUGACGAAUACAUGUGGGAGUGGGGUAGCUUUCCGCAGCGCACUCCGGUACGGACGAUGUUCGAGACGGGCUUCGGUGCCGGGCGGAAGGGCAAAGAGCGGAUGCGGGAGUUGGAUAUCGAUACGAACGUGGAGAGCGAUGCUGGCAUGAUGGAGUCGCCCGUGUCGUACGAGGGCGAUGAGGGUGAGGAUGCGAGAUUCGGCGCGGGUGGGCGGCUGGGCUUCGACCGUAGGGACCCUACGCGCUUCAAGGUAUCGAUUGAGCGGCGCGUGGUGGGUUUCCAGUUGAGCGUAGUUCCCGGUGCCGGCCGCGCGGAGGGAAGCUAUGGUGGGGAGGGGCCAUUAGGCGGAGAAGACGAGGUCGUCGACGCUCAGCGGUUCGAACACGGCAAGGUUGAGUUCGACCAGUUCUUGGAGGACGAGCGGAUAGUGAACGACGAGGACUUGGUGCUGCGAUGGUCCGGAGGAAUGUAUAUUACGCGCAAGGAUGGCUCGCCGCUUAUGGACGCCCUGUUACUCUGGCGUGAUGCAGCUCUUCGAGGCAAGCUCGCUAGCUCACCCACACCCUCACGCUCGCCAUCACCAGGGCAUUCGCCCCGCCCGUCGUCUGAUAUGUCAGGGAGCACGGUCGUAGGCCGCGAUUCUGAUACACGGAGUACGGCUUCGCCGUAUUCAUCAUCAUGGGUUAGGUGGUGGGGUCGCAGUCGGCGAGCAGAAACAGCGCAGCGGCCAGAUUUGAGGCCCAUGAAUACGGCACCGUCUACUGUGGUGCGUUCUGUUUGCUACCAACGGAGCGCGACGGCUGUAGAGCCAGGGUUGAAGCUCGCGAAGCGGUCAGCGUCAGUCGCUUCUGCGCCUGUACAGCCCGCAUUCCCGCCAAUAGGUACGCCCCCUCAGGAAGAGAAGAUGACAGUGGGCGGGAAGCCAAGCAGGAAGAGAUUUGCAAAGACACUGCGUCUGACAUCAGACCAAUUGAAAUCGCUCAACCUGAAGCCAGGCGCGAACAGCAUCACUUUCUCGCUAUCAGCAACUGGUGUCGUGGCCUGCACAGCGAGGCUCUUUGUAUGGGAUCACACUGACCAGAUUGUGAUCUCUGAUAUAGACGGCACAAUUACCAAGUCGGAUGCAUUAGGACACGUCUUCACCAUGAUCGGACGUGACUGGACACAUCUUGGUGUGGCAAAACUGUAUACGGACAUAUGUCGCAACGGCUACAAAAUGCUGUACCUCACAUCACGGGCCAUUGGACAAGCUGACAUCACGCGCGACUAUCUAAAGGGUGUCAAGCAAAAUGACUACCAGUUACCAGAGGGUCCUGUCAUCAUGAGCCCUGAUCGUUUGAUGGCAUCGCUACACCGCGAAGUCAUCAUGCGAAAACCUGAGGUCUUCAAGAUGGCUGCACUGAGAGACAUCCAGAAACUAUUCGGUCAUACCGCGAAGAAUCCGUUCUAUGCGGGCUUUGGAAAUCGCAUCACGGAUGCUCUGUCCUAUCGCAGCGUCAAUGUCCCCAGCUCGCGGAUAUUUACUAUUGACUCGUCUGGAGAAGUCAAGAUGGAGUUGUUGGAGCUGGCUGGGUACAAAUCUUCGUACAUUCACAUGACGGAUCUUGUGGAUCAAAUGUUCCCUCCCAUUAAUCGGAAAUGGGCGCCCGAGUACACAGAUUUCAACUACUGGAAACCUCCAAUGCAGGAGUUCCCUCUCCCAGAUCUGUCACCACCGUCGCCGGCUCUGAGUGCUCGAUCCGACACAUCCACUCAGAGCGCGUUAGCGCGUCUGAGGCACUUCAGUCUAGGUGGGAGCAGACAAGCGAACAAUAUGAAGCAGUUCGCAUUGCCACCUCCCGCGACGGAAGGCGGCAACAAGGAUAGCCGGAAUCAGGAGCGCCAGAACGAGUCGCAUUUACGGCAGAUGUCGUCCUUCGAGAGGCUCAGCAGCACGCUUGCAGGAUUCGCUCAGUCCACGUCGCCCAUCAGCAGUCCGCGCUCGAGCACGCCGACGUUCAUCGACUCGGGGUCGGAGGACGAAGAUGACGACGGAGACCUCGAGAAGCAGAAACGCUGGAGGCGAAGACGGCGUGAGAGCAUGCCCGGCUCGCUUCCCGGGUCCGAUGGCUCUGCCUCUGAUGACGAUCCCGAGUUCGGAGUGGAUGACAACGUGGGAGAAGGAGGCUAUGAGUACGAUGGAGCAAAGGAAGAAGCGGCUGCGGAACAGGCAUUUGACGAGGAUUUCCUUGCUACUGGUGAAAUGGAAAGUGUUCCUUUCUUGUAA